AUGUGCCCAGUAAUUGCUCCUGCGUUGGUAUUGAAAUAUACUAACAUUGUUAUAGAUAAUACACCGCGCGAAGAACAUUCAUCAGAGUGGAAAGCCAACGUCCUCAAGCAGCUGUAUACCUGCACCUAUCUAGAUGCUAAGGAUAGGAACCCACAAAGAGUUGAGGGGACUUGUCAAUGGUUCACAAACCAUCAACUCUUUCAGAAUUGGAGAGAAAACCAUGGACCGGGCCUUCUCUGGGUUUCAGCCGACCCUGGCUGUGGAAAAUCUGUCCUGGCCAGAUAUCUUUUAGAUGAAGUUCUGCUUAGUUCAAAGACAAGUGUGGUCUGCUACUUCUUCUUUAAGGAGGAUUUCGAGAAUCGAAAAUCCCUUGUGGAUGCUUUAUGCUGCAUUCUCCAUCAGAUCUUCGAGCAAAGACCGCGCCUGCUUUCCGACCGUCUCCGAUCCAGGUUCGAAAGUGAGACUGGUCACAUAUAUCAAUCUGUCUGGAGCUUGUGGUCUAUACUUUGCGAUCUGGCGGGGGAGCUUCCAGCUGGGCAAGUGAUUUGUGUUUUGGAUGCCGUGGAUGAAUGUGGGUGCGACGGACAAUCACAACUGGCUGAGUGUUUGACCAACCUCUACCAAGGCACAACGGCGUCUUCGAAAAUGAAAUUUCUCGUCACCAGUCGACCAUAUAGCGCUAUUCAGAGAAGGUUUCAGUCUCUUGAGAAUAACUUCCCAGCUGUUCACCUACGUGGAGAAGAUAACGAUGAGGUACAGAAGAUAGCGGGAGAAAUCAAUAUGGUCAUAGAGCACCGAAUAGAGGAGCUUGCAGAGCGGCUACAACUUCUAGCAGACGAGCGCAACCUUCUUCUCUCUGAACUGACCUCCGUUCAAAAUCGAACAUAUCUGUGGAUCGAUCACAUCAUGAGUACCUUAGGCGAUAUAUUGACGGUCACUCCCACUAGUAUACGUGCAGCAAUCAGAAGACUACCGCGAACCCUGGACGAAGCUUACGACCAGAUAUUACGCCGCACUCCAAACCCCGAUCGGGCGAUGAAAAUCUUACAUAUUGUCGUUGCCGCAAAUACACCUCUGACGAUGGCGGAUAUGGCUACUGCAAUGGCUGUAUUAGACCGGAAAUCACCCGAAGACCAGCUUGAGAUCGAGCCGGAGCAUCGAACAAAGCGGUCAAUCCGGGAAAUAUGUGGUCUUUUCAUCACUGUCAUCGACUCAAGAAUAUACCUCCUACACGAGACCGCGAGAGAUUUUUUGGUGUAUAAGGAAGGUAAAAGUGAGCCAAUUCCGGACCUGACGUGGAAAGCUUCGUUGAUUCCGCAUGAUUCAGAAUGCAUAUUAGCGAAGGCUUGUGUGGGGUUUCUCCAUUCUACGGAUCCAAAAAUGGCCUUAAAAGACCACAAAGACCUUAUAAUGAAGUUCAAUCGGACUCCCUUCCUUAAAUAUGCCGUCAAAAAUUGGAGCAAACAUGUCUUAUCCUCUGGUAUCGAAGUGGACCCAUCGACACAUGCACAGAUAUUGAACAUCAUUCGCCGCGGUGAAGCCUUCUGUCUUGGGUUCAAUAACGAGACAGCAUCUAUACAUCAGCUCACUCCCUCAACCACUCUGAUGCGAGCAUCAUGGCUGGGGUUACGUCGCACCGUUCAAACGCUACUACAAGACAAAGAUAUCGAUUUGAAUUAUAGCAGCACCCAUGGUCGUUCGGCCUUAUCACUCGCGGCAGAGUAUGGGACAAUUGACGUGCUGGAACUCCUGCUCAAACAGUCUUGGUCUUUCCCCUGCUUAUUUCGAACAACGCGGUGGAUUGAUGUGAAUGAAGUGGACAAUAGUGGGCUAUCGCCACUCGCACAUGCAGCAUAUAAUGGCAACGAGAGUAUAGUCAGCCUCCUGCUCAGCAAGCAAGGGAUACGCCCCGACAUGCGGGCCUUUAGUGGAAGAACGCCCUUCGGGUAUGCAGCGGGACGUGGCCAUCUCAAUAUCAUCAAGAUGCUUCUUGCUACCGGCAAGGUCGAUCCAGAUUCCGUGGAUUAUGCUGGGCUUACACCCAUUGUCUACGCAGCAGAUGCUCAGCAUGAAGAUGUUGUCAGUUUCUUACUGAACACCGGGAGAGUUAAUCCCAAUCGGAAAGACAGUAGAGAUAUGACUUUACUCUCACGAGCAGCACACCGUGGCCACGGAAGUAUUGUUCGGAUACUGCUCGACUUUGGAGUCAAAGACCUCAACUCUAGGGACAAGUAUGGACGCACUCCACUACUGCAUGCUGCACUCAGGGGACAUGAGAAUAUUGUCAAGUCACUUCUGAGUACCGGG